CAAUUACUUUGAUGUUUACUUCGGACUCUUAAGACCUACUCCAGCUGGCUAUACAACUUCCCACUCAAACCAUCUGAGAUAUACAUCACCGCUAUUAUUUGACCUUCUUAGCUACUAUUAAGUAUGAGUCUAUCUUCCAUGUCUAUGAUGACCAUAGAAACUCCACUUGGGUCUAACUCAACGUUACAUAUUGGAUUAGAUUCCGUCACCAUGGCCUGGGUCCGAUGCAACGGGUGCGCCGAGAUGCGAGAAUGUCAGGUCUACUCUGGUAUCCCUCAGGGUGAUACUCGGGUGACCAAGAUGUUCUGUGAUCCCUGUGCGACAGCGAAGGGUCAUAAGUAACCUUACCUUAACAGUCAGAACCAUGGAACUGGGCUAGGUCAUAGGUGAAAGGGGACUGCGUGAUACCUGACUGUUGGAGGCACU